UUGCCAUUUCUUUUCUUUACCGUUCCAGCUUUUACGCAGCUUAUCUUUUCUUUGGUAGCCAUCACGGUACGAUUUUUUCGCGGAGUUAUCAAUCCAGACUGGAACUCUAUUUCUCUUCACUGUUGUUGGUCUUCAGGUCAUUUAUCUGGCAUUCCGGUAAUUUUUGUUCCGGGUAAUGCCGGCUCAGUUCGGCAGGUACGUUCACUUGGUUCACUAUUGCAAAAUAAGACUGAAAGCAGAAAAGAGCCAUUUCAUUUCAAUGUAUUCGGGAUCGAUUUUAACGAGGAGUUAUCAGGAAUAGCUGGUAUGUAUUUGGAGCGUCAGAUUCGGUACUUGAGAUUUGUAGUUGAUCAGGUAUGGCAAAUUUAUCAUCCGUCACCAAAAGGUUUAAUCUUAGUCGGACACUCAAUGGGUGGUAUUGUAAUACGAUCGCUGUUAAGAGAUCCAAAUUUUAACCCUUCAAGAAUUGCCUUAAUAAUAACACUGGGAACGCCGCAUAAAUCACCGCGUAAAAACGCUUUAAUUAUUAUAGAGCAAUUUUAUUCUGACAACAAUUUGACAAAAAAUUUAAAAGGAUCUCAUGUGCCAAUGAUUUCAAUAUCUGGAGGUUUGAAAGACAUAUUGGUGCCGGAACAUCUUUCUGUAGACACUGAUUUUUAUCAUUUCUCGACCACUGCUAUAGAUGGUGUGGAGGCUGAAGCAGAUCAUUUGUGUAUAGUGUGGUGUAAUCAGCUUGUUCGAAAAGUUUCAAUUACAAUUGCGAUUUAUCAAGUUACCGUAUACUUUCUAAUAUUCUUAAAGAAGCGUUUAGAGCUUAAAAUUGCUUAA